AUGGAUCCAUCAAAUGAUGAAGAGGGUGAUCCGUUUGUUGAUGAUCAUGGUAAUGAUCUGGAGGGGAUUAAUCCUACCACACCAACAAAUACGCAAGAUAAGAAGUAUAGGGGUAAAACGACCUGUAGUGAUAUAUUCAAAGCAAGAAGCGAGGGUCGCAAUUAUGAGGUCGAAUACAAUCAUUUUGAUCGAGCGAUGGGAAAAGAGGGGAUUAAGAUGAACAGCACCAUCGUUCUUCUAUCACGCACAACCCUUCCUUUAGAUAUCAACAAUUGGAAACAAAUGCCGAAUGAUAAAAAGGAGACUUUAUGGGGUCAAAUACAGGCGGAAUAUAGGCAAAAAGUAGCAGAAGGCGAGUUGGUGGAGGAAGGUUCAAACGAUAUACUAACAAUGACAUUAGGCACUCCAGAGCAUGGGGGACGUGUUAGGGGGAGCGGUGUGUUUGGAUCAUCAAAUGCAUCUAGUUCAAGUGUAGGAGGAGCCUCAAACACGCCACACGCACCAUAUGCCCCUCCACCAUCGACGCAGGCACAAUAUGCUCCCCCACCACCGACGUGGACAUCAUAUGCUCAUCGACCACCUUCACAGCCACCUUAUGCUCCUCCACCACUGACACAGGCCCCAUGUGCUCCCCCACCACCGCAGUCAAAUUUUCCUGAUGAGUUGCAAAGGGGAAACUUUUAA